ACAGCGUACUUAAUUUGUGGAAAUCAACAAAGAAGUGUAGAGAUGCCUCCGCAGACGGCAACGAAAAUCGAUAAUUCAUCGACGAACGAUGAAAAUGGAGUUAAACUGGAUCCGAGCAUCGCGGCUGGAAGGAGGACGGCAUCACCGGAAGCCGGAGAAGAAAUCGUCAUUACAGGGAUGGCCGGGAAAUUGCCGAAUUCCGAUAGCGUCUUCGAGUUCCAAGAGAAUUUGUACAACAAAGUGGAGAUGAUGGAUGAGGAUACCAGACGUUGGGAGCACAACCAUGCGGAAAUCCCGAGGAAAGCUGGGAAGAUUUACAACGCGGACAAAUUCGAUGCAAGAUUUUUCGGCAUCCCACAGCUUCAAGUGGACGCCAUGGAUCCAAUGAUGAGGAUUCUUCUGGAGAAGACUUUCGAGGCUAUAUGCGAUGCGGGCUACAGCAUGGAAGAGCUGAAAGGUUCCAACACUGGCGUCUUCAUCGGCGUUUGCAGUUCGGAGACGGAAAAGGAGGUCGUCUACGAGAAGUUGGUGAAGCACAGCUUCAGCAUAACUGGCUGUCUUCGCUUCGUUUUAGGCAUAAGGAUAAGCUACUUCUUUAAAUUCGAAGGUCCAUCUUACGUCUUAGACACGGCCUGCAGCAGCUCCUCGUUCGCCUUCGAGCACGCUUACAAAGCGAUUCGCGACGGAAAAUGCGAGAACGCUAUAGUCGGUGGAGCCAAUCUCUGCCUCCACCAAUUGUUAACUUUACAAUUUUCCAGAUUGGGAGUUUUGAGUUUGAACGACGGCUGCAGAGCGUUCGACGUUGCGGCGAACGGCUACACAAGAUCCGAGGCGAUCUGCGUUUUAUUCUUGCAGAAGGCGAAAAACGCUAGGAGGAUCUUCGCGAAGGUGAUCCACGCGAAAGUCAACUCGGAUGGAUUCAAGGAAUUGGGAAUCACGUAUCCUUCUGGCGAUAUCCAGAAGGAUUUGCUGCAGGAUGUUUACGAAGAGUGCAACGUUUCGCCGAAAGAUGUAACUUUCGUGGAAGCUCACGGAACCGGCACCUUCGUCGGAGAUCCCGAAGAGGUGAGAGCGAUCGGGAUGAUUUUCUGCAAGGAUCGCGAAGGACCUCUGCACAUUGGAUCGGUGAAAUCGUCGAUCGGUCAUACCGAACCGUCGUCGGGCAUCUGCUCGAUGAUGAAGGUGAUCGUGGGCAUGGAGAACGGCACGAUUCCACCGAACAUCAAGUUCACUCAGCCGAGGAAAGACAUCGAGGAUUUGGUUAGUGGAAGAAUCAGAGUGGUCACGGACGCUAUGCCUUGGCCCAACGAUAGGGCUUUAGUCGGAAUCAAUAGUUUCGGUUUCGGAGGAGCGAACGCGCACAUCAUCCUCGAAAGGAACCAAAUCACCAAAGAGACGAAAACCUUACCCGACGACGAUCUGCCGAGAUUGAUUUGCGUCAGCGGAAGAACGCGAGAAGCCACCGAUUACAUACUGGACGAUCUGCAAAAGAAAUACAACGUGGAAUUCAUCAAACUAAUACAAGAAGUUUUCAAAGACAACAUCGAGAACCACAUGCACCGAAGUUACAUCAUUUUAACAGCGACCGGCGAAAUAUCGAGAGAAUCCAGUUGCAUCUUCGAAACCGAUCAAAAGAAAUUAAUGUACUCAUUCAAAGACGACAUCGAGAAUGCUUUCGAACUCGUCGACGAAUUGAAGCGAAUUCCGUUAAUUUCCGCAAUCUGCGAAAACAUCGAUAAUAUAAUGAAAGCCAACAGAUUGAGUACGAACAACAACACAUUUUGGAGUUGCGUUUUGAAUCUAGCGCUCGCUGAAAUCCUGAAAAAACUGAACUUUAAACAAAUGCAUUUCCAAGGUUACGGUUUAAGUUUAUUGGCUUGCGGCUACCUUUCCGAUUGCCUGACUUUAGAGCAAACCGUCUUGAGCGCUUUCGCGUUGACGCAAAACAAAAACGACGUUCUGAAGCGAUUGGAGAUGCUGAUUCCGGUGCAGAAGAAACCGUCCGCGAAAUGGUUGAACAUCAAGGAGAAAGUUUCCGCGAGAUAUUUCCACGAACGAUAUUUGCGCGACAAGAUCAAGCAAAAAUCGGACGUGUUGUUCGUUCGCGGUUCCGAUGAGGUGUCGAUCGAUUUGAGACGCGGCCAAGUCGUAGUUGACUUGUUGCGAGUGUUGGGAAACUUGUACUUGCGCGGUGAAAACUUCAAAAUUCACGAGUUGUUCCCUGAAAUCACGUAUCCGGUGAGUCGCGGUACACCGAUGAUCUCUCAUUUGAUCAAGUGGGAUCACCGGAAAUCUUGGCACGUGAGUCGAAUGAGGACUAUGGAGAAGCCUAGCCACAUGUUCGUUAAGAUCAACUUGAAGGAUGAGUAUUGGAGGUUCAUCAACGGUCAUAUAAUUGAUGGUAGGAAUCUGUUUCCUGCAACCGGUUACUUGCAUCUGGUUUGGACAACGUUCGCGGCGAUGUUAACAAAGAUAUACACUCAAGUCAAAGUCGUCUUCAGCGAUGUUAAAUUCUUGAGGGCGACACCGGUGAGGGAUCAGGAGGAAAUCGAAUUUUGCAUCAUGAUCAGCAAGAGCACCGGAUACUUCGAGAUUUGCCACGAUGAAGCGACUGUAGUCACCGGUUACAUCCACGAAGGGGACGAUACAGUCCAAGUGAUAAAUUUACCGAAACCUUUAGAAAAACAGGAAGAUUUCACCCUCAACGAGCACGAUAUUUACAAGGAAUUCAAACUGAGAGGAUACCAGUACAAGGGUCUUUUCAAAGGCGUCGCGGAGUACAAGAGUUCCGUGGCUAAAUUGAAGUGGCAAAGCAAUUGGGUCGCCUUCAUGGACAACAUGCUGCAAGUGAAACUCAUCGAAGAGGACACGAGGAAUCUUUACGUUCCCACAGGUAUAGACUACAUGGUGAUGGAUUCCGACGGGCACAAGCGGUUCACGGAGAACAUGGAUGGAAAUUGCAUAGAAGUUUGCGUGCACAAAGAAUUAAACAUAAUCAAGUCUGAAUUUAUAGAGAUCAGAGGAUUGAGGGUGACGACAAUUCCACGUAAAAAGAACAACUCUACACCGAUCUUAGAAUCAUACCGUUUCAUCCCCAAUCAGAGCGAUGCGCUGACGCUGCAGGAGAUGAUCAGAGUUAACGUGCAGAUCGUUCAUGAGAACAUACCGAAUUUGAAGUUCUCGGUGAUGGAGUUGAGCGAAGAAUUGCAAUUCGAAGCUUUGAUUGAGGAAGUGUUGAACGAUAUGCCGUUAAUUCAAGGCGAUUUUAAAACUGAAGAGACUCAAGUUAAAUCGACGAAGCUUCAAGAUAAAUGCUUGCUGAUUACGGGGAAACGUUUAGUUGGAAGCGCGAAAUUGCGCGACGGAUUGCAGCAUUUGACGGAGAACGGUUUCGUUUUGAGUCGCGAAUCCGAUUGUAGUGAGAUUCCCGAAGAUUUGUGUUUGAUAACCUGUUACAAAUUGGAGGACGCGCUUUACGUGCUUCUGAGGAAAUGCGAUGAUUCCGCGAAAGAUUACAAGUUCUUCGAUUUCGAUUUACACAGCGAUUGGUUGAGAAAUCUGCAAGGCGCUUUGGCGGAGAAUCCUCGAACGUUGAUUCGUUCGAACGAUAGUAAGAUCGGUGUUUUGGGUUUGAUGAAUUGCUUGAGGAGAGAACCGAACACGAAGAUGGUCAGAUGUUUGAUUGGGGAUAAUGUUAAGGGUCAUUGCGAGGAGCAACUGAAGAAGAAUUUAGUUAUCAAUGUUUAUCAGGAGAAUCGUUGGGGCACUUACAGGCAUUUACCGUUGAUUGAUGUAAACGGGAUCGACGUUGAUCACACGUUCUUGAGGGUGGUAAAUCCUGGGGAUUUUUCAAGCAUGAAGUGGAUUGAGGGUUACUUGAAGAUGGACCAGAGUACGGGCAAGGGGAAGAAGAUGAUACAGAUUCAUUGCGCGGCGUUAAACUUCAGGGACGUGAUGACCGCUUCAGGAAGAUUAACCGCCGACCUUAUAACGAGGAACAGGACGGAACAAAAUUGUCUGCAAGGAUUGGAGUUUUCGGGAAUCGACGCAAAAGGGGAGAGGGUCAUGGGGAUGGUCAAUAACGGUGCUUUAUCUAACAUGGUGAUCGCGGAUGAGCAACUUUUGUGGAAGAUUCCUGACGAAUGGAGCAUGGAAGAUGCAGCCACUGUACCGGUGGUGUACAGCACCGUCCUUUACGCUCUCUUCUGCGUCACAAAGUACAAACGGAAUCAAUCGAUUUUGAUCCAUUGCGGAAGCGGAGGAAUCGGUCAAGCCGCCCUUCACGUCGCCCUUUACCACGGCUACGAAGUUUUCACCACUGUUGGAUCUCAAGAAAAAAUCAAUUUCAUUCGAAAAGCGUUUCCUCAAGUGAAACCUUCAAGGAUCGGAAACUCGCGAGACACAACGUUCGAGCAGAUGAUCUACGAAGAGACUAAAGGACGUGGCGUUGACAUCGUUUUGAAUUCGUUGUCCGAAGAGAAAUUGUCGGCUUCGAUUCGUUGCUUGGCGGCAGGAGGAACGUUCUUGGAGAUAGGUAAAUUCGAUUUAUCGAUGAACAACGCUCUGCAGAUGGAGAUGUGCAGCAAACAGGCUACAUUCCACGGCGUGAUGCUCGAUUCCCUCUUCAAAUCCGAGUCGAAACUGAAGUCAAAACUUUCCAACAUGAUGACCGAAGCGAUUCGCAAGAGCUACGUUAAACCGCUGCCAGGUAACAUCUUCAAAAUGGACCAAGUGGAAGAAGCGUUCAGGUUCAUGGCUUCGGGAAAACACAUCGGGAAAGUAUUGAUCAGCGUGCAGAAAGAGCAUGAACGUCUCGAAUCGUUCAACUCGACAAAGCAAUUUUAUUGCAACCCUGAUGGUGUUUACGUGGUGUUGGGAGGAUUGGGAGGAUUCGGCUUGGAAUUGGUGGAUUGGCUCGUUAUUCGCGGAGCGCGAAAAGUUCUUUUGACUUCGCGGAACGGAAUUACCAAAGGAUACCAACAAGCGCGCAUCAAAACUUGGAAAGAUUACGGCACUCAAAUUAUCGUCUCCAAAGAGGAUUGCUCCAGCAAACGAAGCUGCGUGGCUUUGCUAAAAGAAGCCUCAACAUUUGGCGACGUUUUCAGUAUCUUCAAUUUAGCCGUUGUGCUCAAAGAUGGCGUCUUCGAGAACAUGACCGAAGAGGAUUUCAACGUCUCGUUUAAACCGAAAUAUUUCGCCACGAAGUUUUUGGAUGAAGCGAGUCGCGUUUUGUGCCCGAAAUUGAAAGAUUUCGUUGUGUUCUCUUCGGUGUCUUGUGGGCGAGGAAACCCCGGACAAACUAAUUACGCUAUGUCCAAUUCGUUCAUGGAAAGGAUCUGCGAGCAAAGAAAACUUGACGGUCUUCCGGCCUUGGCGAUACAGUGGGGCGCUAUUGGCGACGUCGGGUUAGUUGCUGAGAUGCAGAAGGAGCAAACGGAGAUUGCGAUCGGCGGUACUCUUCAGCAACGGAUCACGAGUUGCUUAGAAGUUUUGGAUGUUUUGCUGAAGCAGAACGAACCUGUAGUUUCGAGCAUGAUUAUCGCUACGAAAGUGCAAGGAAACGGUGGAAACAGUAUACUUGAUUGCGUGGUGCAGAUCCUCGGAUUGCGCGACAUCAAGACGGUCAGUUUGCACUCUACUUUACCCGAACUCGGGAUGGAUUCGAUUAUGGGGGUGGAGAUUAAGCAGGCGUUGGAAAUGGAUUUCGACGUGUUUCUGUCGCCGCAAGAUAUGAGGAAUCUGACGCUGCAGAAGCUGAUGGAAAUUGCGGAUAGCAAGGAGAAAGGUGUGAGCGUUCAAGUCUCGGAAACGAAAUACGAGGAUUCAUUGAAGAUGUUCAUUGGGCAAUUCGUGGACGAGAGCGUUAGCAAGUUAAGGUUUCAAAGGUAUCCGGAGGAAGAUCGAGCAGGCGAAGCAAUAAUCGUUUUACCGGGAAUCGAAGGGACAGCUUCUAGUUACCGUGAUAUCAUGAAGGGCAUGAACGGAUCCACGUUGGCUAUGCAUUAUUCGCUCAUCCAAGAUCACGAGACCUCCAUCAAAGACGUAGCUUUGAACAUACUUCCGCUGAUGGAAAAAGAAGUGAAGGAUGGUAAAUUCAAGAUAAUUUGUCACUCGUUCGGAUGUUGCGUCGCCUUGGAACUGGUAGCUCUAUUGGAAGCGAAAGGAUUCGAAGGACGUUUAGCUAUAAUCGACGGAUCCCCGGAUCAACUCCACAAAGUGUGCGAAGACAGUCUUUCCAUCCAUUCCGAAAGUUCGUUCGGAAUCAGCGUUAUUUACACCGUGCUUUCCCUAUUCAUUCCCAUCGAAACUCUGCUCGAAAUCAAAGGAAAAUUGAUGGCAAUCAGCAAAUUCGAUGAGCAAAUCGACGUGGUCAUGGGGUACGCACCGAAGGACAUGCGCGAAUCCAAAGAGUAUUUAACCAGUUUAAUCAUCAGCGUUUACAAAAAGAUCAAAUUCAUAUUGGCGUAUAAACCGAGCUUCGCGAAACUGCGAAGCUCAGUCAAACUGUACAAACCGAAAAUAGAGUUAGUCAAGAAUCUGCCGGACGAUUACCAUCUAUCGAAGUACUUUGAAAGACCACUAGAUGUAGCGCAAUUCCAUGGUAAUCAUUCGACCAUCCUCAACAACGAAGAUUUCAUCAAGGACGUCUGUUGUUUCAUAAAUGAGUAAUUUAUAAAAAUUUUGUAUGUUUUUUUUUACUUUUAAUAAAUCGGUGUGUGCCUUGUACGUUCAGCUCC